AUGGUGCCGCGACCCGGGAGUACUACUUCGAAUGACGGGCUAACGAUCCAAGAGGCAUCGGAGGCAGGUUCGCAGUCGGCUGGAAGGUCGCCGACCGCAAGAGAGCACAGUGAAAGACUUGUCGCGUCGUGGAGCUCUGAGGGAACCUUCACGACAGGCCACGGGGCCAGGGACGACCAGGAGGGCUACGAAGAACAGUUUGCCGUUCCCGAUGCGGCUCCCGCAGAGGGAGCCGCGAAGGGCCGCGACGCAAGUCGCGGUCCUACCGGUCGGAAGCCUGCAAAGGCUGACGACCAACAACAACCCACCGCCAAGGCAGCCACGAAGCGCAAGUCGCUCAAGAGGAAGAAGAACAAGUUGCGCGCGCCGGACUUGGCGGAGGAGUCGCUGUACCAGCCGCAAGGCAAGGACACGGGACGUCAGUACACCGUCGAGGAGGUACGGUACGUCGUGGCGCGCACGGAGAUCUUCCGUCUGCUAGAGCAAGACCCAAUCUUGGUCUUCCUCAAGCCCAUGCUGAUGAGCAACUUCACGGGUCCCUUCGUGGCGCCGGACUCCGAUAGCCUCACCAGCGUCGCCCACGCCGCGCCGACUCUCUUCCAGAUGCUGCGUGACUCGGGGUUCGUGUUGGGAGCUUUCGAAAUGGAGAGGCUGUGCGAUUGGGACCUCAAGUCUUGGCUGCGCGCGAUUAGCGUCGUGCAGGAGCCCUUGACGAUUCUCGCCGGGUCCGUCAAACAAGACGCGACGAGUUCCGCGACGGGCCAAGACGCGCCGGGUCCCUCGGCGGGCCCAGCCCAGACUUUGACGACCACGACCUCGCCCCCACCUCGAUACCAGUCGAGCGUGGACUCCGACAGCAGUUUCGAGUCGUCCAAGCGCAUGCCCAUGAACCGGCCGCCGCGCGUCAUGCAGCUAUCCGCGGCGCCCGCACGCACAGAGGUGAUGAAACCCACCGAGGAAGUGCUCCCCAAGGCCUUGAGAGAUUCCAUCAUCAAGCUGUUGCAGACGACAGUAAUGAGCACCCCGCGCGCCGACACAGCCGCAAUCCCGACGGGGCCGAAGCCGCCCGCGAAUCCCGCACCCACGGUGGCUCGCCCCCAGGAGGCAGCGGAUGUAGCCAUGGAGUCGGUCAGUUCGCGUUCUUCGACGAGGUCCAAACCUCGACGCGACGCGGACGAGGACCCCGACGACCUGUUUGACUUGGACAUCGGGACGCCGAGAACCACGGCCGCCAUCUCGACGGCGACAGCCGGCGGCGUAGGCCUUGCCCACGUACGCGUCUCAGCAUCGUCCGAGCUGAAAGAGUUCUCAGGACGGGACGCCAGCGAAGAGAAAACCAGACUUUGGCUCAACCGUCUGAAUUCCGCCGCGCGGCGCGACGGGAUGACGGGUGAAGAAUUGCCCAAGAAGAUCAAGAAAUCAUGGACCGAGCUGAUGGGACAAUUCCGUGUGCAGUACUGCGGCAAGGGCGUGUCAAUGGCCAGCCGCUACUACCACGCGGCUCAACGCCCCGAUGAGACCCCUCUGGAUUACUUGUACCGGCUCAACGUCGAGGGCUUGAGGACCAACAUCCCAUACGCCCCGAGUGCUGCCAUCCGGGAACAGCUUCAUGAACCCGUAGAGCGCGUUGUCGCUCAAGCGUUGGCCGAGAUGAGCCGGGCCCGGUCUGUCAUGGGGACGACCCAGAAGCCGCUCGCCAUGUCGAGGGAGCAGUACCACAGAUACUUGUCCAAGUCUUCGAGCAAGUCGUUGACGAGCGGCAUGGGGUAA